AGAAAGUCCUUUUGUUUUCCUCCUUUGUUUGUUCAGUGAUUUAUUUACCUAAAAAAGUUGUCAUGAAAAUAUCCGGCGGUUACAUUGCAAAAUGAUUACACUCAUUUAUUACUCCUCAUCACUCACUCUCCGCAUCUCCACCCACCAUCUUCUUCUCUCAACCCAAUCCUACAAUGGCUGCAGCUUUAGAGUGCUGGUCCAGCCGCGCCACCUCCGCCGCCGACGAUGACACGGUGGAGCAGGUUCUCAUGCGUACCCAUCACAGAUCUGAAGGCCCGGCUUCCACCCCUAAAGACCCCUCCUCCAUCCCCAACGUCCACAAGAAGUUCCAGAAGCUCACCCGCAACGUCUCCGAAGCCAUAGCCUCAUUCAGAAAUUCGCUAAACCUCGAUUCACCUCCUUCCUCCAAAGCUGAUGCCUCUUCGCGGAAACUUGCCUGGGGAAGUGUCGUUCGCAACCUCACUCAGCUCUACCCCGGAAGCCAACUCCCCGAGAAACUUAUGUCCAACAUUCGCAAGCAUUAUGAUUCCUUGCCCCUCAGUUAUGCACAGGCUGAGUUUGAUAUGAAGGACGUGUUUCUUCACAUAAAGUUGAUGGAGCAAGCUUCGGAGACCGACCAGCCUGCGAUUUUGAUUCAAGAAGAUUGUGAUGACGAGGUUCAAGGUUCUGCUCUGAAGCUCACGUUUGCUUGCAACUCUCCGAUUUCCUGGCCUGCGAUGUCAGGGGCAUUGGAUAGUUCCUCCAUUUGCUGCAAGAGGAUGCAGAUCUUUGAGAAGAAGGGUUUCACCUUGGGAGUUGUGCUUCUUGUGGUUCAGUCUGGGCAUGAUAAGUUGGUGAGGACCAGGGUUGAAAAUGCUUUAAAGUUUGCAAUGAAGAAGCCUAAAACUGGUGCUGUGAAGCUCCCCUUCGGGCUCUGUGGGUGCCAGGAGGAAAAUUCUAAAGGGAGAGAUCUUGUGGAGAUUGAAGAAGAAUACGGUGAUGGUUACCGUGGAAAGGAGUUUGAGAAUUCAAGUCAAAGGAUUCAGCUUCAGGUGCCUUUGCCUUCUUCAUCUUUCGUUGUGUCAGUGGAUGAAUGGCAGACCAUACAGUCAGGUGGGGAUGAGAUUGAGAAAUGGUUGUUGAACUCAGAUAGCGUGGAGUUUGUUGAGCAGAUUGGGCCAAAUUCGUACAAGGGUGUUUAUAUGGGGAAGAGGGUUGGGAUUGAGAAGCUGAAGGGGUGUGAUAAAGGGAAUUCUUACGAGUUUGAGCUCCACAAGGAUCUGCUGGAACUCAUGACUUGUGGUCAUAGGAACAUUCUGCAUUUCUGCGGUAUUUGCGUGGAUGAUAAUCAUGGGCUGUGUGUGGUGACCAAGUUCAUGGAAGGUGGAUCUGUUCAUGACCUGAUGUUGAAGAACAAGAAGCUGCAGAAUAAGGAUAUUGUGAGGAUUGCAGUUGAUGUGGCAGAAGGGAUCAAGUUUAUGAAUGACCACGGUGUUGCAUAUAGAGACCUUAAUACACAGAGAAUUCUGUUGGAUAGGCAUGGGAAUGCUUGCUUGGGAGAUAUGGGUAUAGUCACUGCCUGCAAAAGUGUUGGAGAAGCUAUGGAGUAUGAAACUGAUGGUUAUAGGUGGCUAGCUCCUGAGAUAAUAGCAGGGGACCCAGAGAAUGUGACAGAGUCAUGGAUGAGUAAUGUGUAUAGUUUUGGGAUGGUAAUUUGGGAAAUGGUAACUGGUGAGGCAGCAUACUCUUCAUUUUCACCUGUUCAAGCAGCAGUGGGCAUUGCUGCCUGUGGCCUUAGACCAGAAAUCCCAAAAGACUGCCAACAAACUCUAAAAUACAUUAUGACAAAAUGCUGGAACAACGCCCCUUCCAAACGCCCUCAGUUCUCUGAAAUCUUAGCCAUAUUGCUGCGACCAAACUGCAACAACAGAUAAACUUCCACAUAUAGCAAGUUCAUGGACAAGGAAAUGAUAUGUCCAUGGAUAAACAUGACCUGUGUCCCCCUUUUAUGGCAGUAAUGAAGAUGUAAAUUUUCUGCUUUUCACAAUCUUGUAUUUACUGUCAUCUCUUGAUGACAAAUCCAAAUGUCUUUGUCAUCAUAAUCACACUGUUUUCCAUUUCA